AUGGCGGAAGUUCAUAGACGUCAGCAGGCCCGGGUUAAAGGAGAAGCCCCCGCGAAAUCCUCCACACACAGACAUGAGGAGGAGCUGGGGAUGGCGUCGGCCGAAACGCUGACCGUGUUCCUGAAACUGCUGGCCGCUGGCUUUUACGGCGUGAGCUCCUUCCUCAUCGUGGUGGUCAACAAGAGCGUGCUCACCAACUACAGAUUUCCCUCCUCACUAUGUGUUGGACUUGGCCAGAUGGUGGCCACAGUGGCAGUACUCUGGGUUGGAAAGGCACUCAGAGUAGUCAAGUUUCCUGACUUUGACAGAAAUGUACCUCGAAAGACGUUUCCACUACCUCUACUAUAUUUUGGGAACCAAAUCACGGGACUGUUCAGCACAAAGAAACUGAACUUGCCAAUGUUUACAGUUCUGAGAAGGUUCUCCAUCCUGUUUACAAUGUUUGCUGAAGGACUUUUACUCAAGAAGACUUUUUCUUGGGGUAUUAAGAUGACUGUAUUUGCAAUGAUUAUUGGAGCCUUUGUAGCUGCCAGCUCUGACUUGGCAUUCGAUCUGGAAGGAUAUGUUUUUAUUCUGAUAAAUGAUGUCCUGACAGCAGCAAAUGGUGCCUACGUAAAACAAAAAUUAGAUUCAAAAGAGCUGGGAAAAUAUGGUCUGCUCUAUUACAAUGCGCUGUUCAUGAUUCUGCCCACCCUAGCCAUUGCAUAUUUUACGGGAGAUGCGCAAAAGGCAAUGGAUUUUGAAGGCUGGGCCGACACCCUCUUUCUUCUGCAGUUCACCCUCUCUUGUGUGAUGGGAUUUAUCUUGAUGUAUGCCACAGUACUCUGCACUCAGUAUAAUUCUGCUCUUACAACUACAAUAGUUGGCUGUAUUAAGAAUAUAUUAAUAACUUAUAUCGGAAUGGUCUUUGGUGGAGAUUACAUUUUCACAUGGACAAACUUCGUUGGCUUAAAUAUCAGCAUUGCUGGGAGCCUGGUGUAUUCCUACAUCACUUUCUCUGAAGAGCAGCUGAGCAAACAGUCAGAGGCCAGUAACAAGCUGGACAUUAAGGGGAAAGGAGCAGUAUGACCAGAGGAUUGCAUCAGCUACAUAGGCUCGAGUUUUUGAUCAGCUCGGAACACUGGCAGUUCUUAUACAGAUUCUGAGGUGUCUUGAUUAUGGAGAAAAUACCAUUCCUUUGCACUUGUACAAUCUGAGGAUUGAUGGCUGCCUUUUAAAAUUUUAUGAGAGACUUAUAAUUGACUCUUUUAAAUAUGCCAUUUGAAUUAAUUUAUAUCAGACUGGAAAAUGUACUGGGCUUUUUAAUUUAUUUUUCUUCUAUGCCAACAGUGAAACAUCAAUGUUUUGAAAAUAUUUUAUUCCAUAGUUUGAUAUCCAGGUGUCCCUGAGAGCUGUGGAUAUGAAGUGCUUCACCUGGAGCCUCAGCAUUCACAUCGUUGCCGCGUCUGGAGGCACUUGAGCCUUCCUUCUGCUGGAAAUGCAGCCAAGGAGCUUAAGUUUCUCUUCUUUGAAUUUUCUUUCUUAACAAUUGCAUUUUCUUCAUAAGGAUGUCAUCACUCCUUUUGCCAAAGAUGACAUCUUUGGCGCUAAAGAAAUGUGUGCAGCUUUGAAGUGUAUUGGUUUCCACGCUGGCUUCCCUAAGAACUCAUGGGAUGAACAGAGUGCUUUCCUUGAAAAUAUUCUAUUCCCUCUUUGUUGUGUAGGAUGAGGAUAAUGAAGGAACGGAGGAAGUAGGCCUUUUCCUCAUUUAUUCGUCUGUCUCUGAUUCAUUCAUUCAACUAAAAUGUACUGAGUAUGUAGUUAUGUGCCAGGCAUUGUGCUAAGUGCUUGGGGGUAAAGGGAUGUUUUGGAGGUAGUUGCCUUGCUCUCACUCCUGCUAUAGUGACCGAGGGUUAGACAGAGAACUUAGCUCUGUUGAUUUAUUUAGAAGACGUUGUGACUAUGAACAAGUCAUGGAAAUUUUUUCAGCUCUCAGAAACUGCAGAUCUGUAAGCAGGGUUGGAAGCACCUGUCUACCAGCCCCACAGCGAUGCGAAACCACAUGCUACAGUGUAUGUCACAUGUAUGUGAAAAGCUGCAAUUGUAAACCAUGCAACUCAGCCUUUCUUCUCUGAGUGAGAAUGGCAUGCAGGGAAGGGGACCAUCAUGUUUCCCCAUGCUUCCCACCUCUGGGUUUGGUUGCUACUCUUUUUACUCAUCCUUGAAUCAAUAUGUCUACAUCUUAUAUUUUUGAGAGUAUGGUUUGAGGAGAAAGGCUGGUUAGAUGUUUCUCCAUUGUUGAGGCUUGGACUGUCUCUGGCAGUGUCAGUGUUAGAGCCAUCAUCUUCCUUUCCACUUGAGUGGCACGAGCAUACCUAUUUCCUUUGGACGCUCCCACCUACAUCCCACCUCCCUUGGUCACUUGAUGGGCAUGCCCGAUUCUCUCAAGACCAGCGCUGCAUCCUGGAGAGCAGCUGUGGAUGGGCAUGCCUAAAUUGCCUCUUUGGGUGGGUCAGGUGUUAACUCGAACACAGUAGUGUGACUUGGCUUUAGACACAUCCAUUGACUUUGGAGAUGAGUGUUUGCUCAGGCCUGCUGUGCAAUCAUUGUGUAAGAGGCUGGGUACCUUUGUGUUGGUGUACACUCUGGCUUCCUUUUCAUUAGGUUUGCAAUCUACUGGCCUUUGUUGACCUAAACAGUUAGUAUUUUGGGGCCUCAACAGGGGACCUGGAAGGUUUUGAUUUCUUUUUAUUUUUGAAAAAGUAUUAUAAUGAGGUCAUUUCACUUUCAUAUCUUUCCCUUAUUUUGUCUUUAUCGAAGCCUGGCCGGUGGUGCUGGGUCCCUAGAAUUAGCCUCAUGGCCAACUCCUAAGUUAUAAGCUCCAGGGGUCCUAAGGCUCACUUUUUUCCAGUAUUAUGUGAGCUGAGAAAAUUCAAGUGGGAGAAUAGGAUAUUAUCUUGUACAAGAUAUCUUGUUGUCCCUGUUUUAUUGAUAAGAAAACAAGCCUAAGGGGUCCUAAGGCUCACUUUUUUCCAGUAUUAUGUGAGCUGAGAAAAUUCAAGUGGGAGAAUAGGAUAUUAUCUUGUACAAGAUAUCUUGUUGUCCCUGUUUUAUUGAUAAGAAAACAAGCCUCAGAGAAAGUUAGGUGACUUGCUAGUAAGUCACAAUUCCUGUUUUUUCCACUGAACCAUGCUGCCAAUGAUAACCUCCCUCCUCCUCUGAGGGAGUGAGGAAACGGGGCUGCCAGCUAAGCUAGCUUGAGCUCUGUCAGGGAGGCAAUCUGUUGAUUGAAUUUGGAGUCAGAGAGGAAUAGGCUUUGUGAAUCAGGGAGAAUGAUGGGUCAGUCUACAUGCCUGAGCUUCUGUCUCACUUCCGGGCUGGCCUCGGUUGACAUGCACUUCUGGCUGUGAAUGUUGCUGCCACUGCCUGGUUUUGCCACUGGGGACAGUGGGAAGUCGUGGGAGCUAAUUUUAGCAGUUCUGUUCCUUCUUCUGUCAGCCACACGGAGGAGGGAACUUUGAUGUUAGAAAUACUUCGUGUGCAUUUAGAGGUGUUGGACUAAAACCCCACCAGGGGUUGCACUGCUUCUUGGGGAUCAGGUUCCCUUGAAGAUCUGUCAUCUCUCCAGGUUUAUUUGAGGAAAUCAUGAAUAGUUAUAACUUCACUAGAUGCACAUGACCUCAGGGCUCCUGGCCUAUGCUGAACUUUCUGGAUGCUUAGAAGCAGUAGAGUAGUUUACAGCUUCUGCUCUGUCCAUGUUGAUUGCUGGAUGCCCCCUUCAACUGCCACCAACAUUUCAAGAUAAGAGAAGGAAGCCUGGAGAAGUUGGAGAUUGAAUAGACUGGCCAACCAGUUUUGAAGUUUGUUUUCAAUUACGUGCAGGCUUGGUUAUGGCACACACAAAGAGAUUUACCUGGCAUUCCAGCAUCUUAUAAGGCAAAAGUUCUUUGACCUGUUAACUACCUCUUGGAAGAAAGAGAGACAGUAUAGAGUUAAAUGCUUAAAUUUGCCCUUUGAGACAGAUGAGCUGUGGUGAGAAUUUUGAAAACACAUUAGUGACUAGUGGCUCCUCUUCUUGAGUCAGUGACAGUGAUGUUGUCUUUGGCCAGUCUGUUUUUCAGGCAGUGCCAGAUUGAUUUGAAUAACCCUGGUUGGCAGGGUACACAUUGCUAACAUGUCAGGUGAUUUUUAAUACCCUUAUAUGGCAGUUGGCUGUAUGAGUCAGUCAUUUGUAGGAUCCAACUUGCACAUAGGUUAAGAAAGAAAAGUAUGUUUGCAGGUUUGUUGUUUGUAGUCCUAGUGUAUCAGGAAUGCAUGGUAAGUUCACAUCAGUAACGCUGAUGUAGGAUCUUCGUGGAAAGAAUAAUAGAAUUUCACGUUUGACUGGUUUGGGAAGGAACCCAGGAUUUGGGGAGGGCCUGCCUUUGCUUUCAUUAUUAUGGUGUCAUUCAGUGAGCAAAGAUUGACUGUUUUAUUCCAGGCAUUAUGCUAAGCUCUGGGGCACCUGAGGUGAAGAGGGCAGGGUUCUUGUUCUCAAAGAAUGUGUAAUUCUUUAGCCAGAAGCUGAUUGAGAGAAAGAAGCAGAUGAAAGGAGUCCGUGAUUUAUGAGUAAAAGCUGCCUGCACAGUUGUCAGCACCGCUGAUCAGGGGUGUCCCACCCACUGCGCUGAAUGAAGCACUUUUUUAAUCUAAGAGGAGUUAUAACUCCUACUAGUCCCCCAGCUCUGAGAUGCGUGCCAGGCCAUUAGACUUCUGUGACUAGCCUGGGUCCCUCCUCCCUCUCGUGCGUGCAUUCUUGCUUCCUCAGAGCUACAGCUGUGUACUACUGGUCCUCCUUGUGAAUGAGGCUGUAAUUGAUUUUUCCCUCCCUGAGGGGAAAAAAGAUACUCAGAAUAAAUGAGAUAACAGAUGCAAAGUACUCAGCACAACGCCUCCUACAUAUUAGGCACUCAGCACAUGUUGUUAUUGUCAUUAUUUCAUGGUAAGACUAUAGGCAAAGAUUAAGAUUCUUAAUUUGUGCUCCUUAAAAUGCUAGAGGCUGGGCAGUGUAUUUCUUUUAAAAUAUGACCCUAUACUUUGUUGCCUCUAGAAUGCUUAGUUUCAAAGAACAGUUUCUGCUCACGGUUAAAGAAUGGUUUCUGCUCACGGCCGUCUUUUAUUAAAUACCUACUGGAUAUAAUUGUGGAUAUUGUGUGAUGCAGGUGAAUCCAUCUGUUUAAAAAAAAAAUAAAAUUACUUUCGUAUUUUGGUAAAUUAAAAAAAAAAAAAAAGAAAGAAAAAUUAUUUUCUACCUGAGAGGAAGAUAAUUAGACUUCAGAAUGGUGAUUCCGUUAAAACUUUCCCAGUUUGUCACCUUAAGGUAGCUCCUGUAUAGGUCAGACAUUCCUUCUUCCCUUCUCCGAAUUAAAUGCAUCAACUUCAUGCUGUCUCUGUGUCCAGGCUUUUAUCAGUUGGUGUUUGUGAACCUCUGGCACCAUUGCUGUUUUCUAAACCUACCUUCUAGUUCUUACUGUUAGGGUGCCACUUCAUCAUGGUAUGAGGAGGUAUUCUAUGGUGGGUUUUUUUUUAAGCUUGCUUUUUUGAAAAUACUUUUUAAAAAGAAAUCUACUGGUUAGAUUUUUUUGUCUCACAAAAAUGUUUUUAGAGAUUAUUUUGUUCAUAAAUGUUUCUUUCUCAUGCUGAUAAUCAACUGAGUUUGUCUACAAAUGUUAGCCUAUCACAGUAUUUUUUCAAUACAGAUUCUAUUUACCAAAUGACCAUUUUAGUGUUUUUAAAAGGUACCGAGGAUUGAGAUAUGUAAAUCAGGUGACAUAAUAUGAAAAUUAUGUGCCUAAAUAUUUUUGUAAAGGUGUCAAAUAAAUACUUUUUCUUCAA